AUGGCUGAUCCAUCUGGCUAUGCAGCUGCUGAUCAAGGAGGAGAUCCAUCCCGUCCAGCUGAUAACGAUAGGCCGGCCCCCAAUUCGAUGACUGAAGACAAUCCAAAAGAGCUCCUGAUCGAGGCCGAGAGCAUGAAGAAGCUCGCCUUCUGCGGCGUUGCCGUCUCGACAGUGGCCACGCUGAUCGCCAUUAUCUGCGUGCCAAUGCUGUGCACCUAUAUGCAGAAUGUGCAGUCGAAUCUUCAGGAUGAGAUCAGUUUCUGCCGUACUCGUGCGUUUGCGCUUCGUGGUGAAUACACCAAGCUGGAACAAGGGCGUGUCAGCCUGAAAGCGCAGCGUGAGCGUGAGAAGCGUCAAGCGACGCACCAAUGCUGUAGUUGUGGAAUUGGGCCAGCCGGACCACCUGGACCACCGGGUCCAGACGGUGAGGACGGUCGUGACGGUAAACCCGGUAAGCCAGGACCGAACGGACCGGAUGCUGAAGAAGGACAGCGGGUGAGUAGAGUUACGAUUUAUAGCGAUUUGAAGUCGAGGUUUGAAGAUCCGGAAAGCUUGAUGUUACGAUGGAAUAUACAAUUUCCAUAUUCCGCAGCAAUUUCCGCAAAUCCGUCUGAAAAUCUGGAAAAAUCUUAG